CUUCUUCCGUCAAAACUAAAACGGUACUGUACUGCCGGGAAACGAACUUACUCUCACGGGCUAUAAAUAGCCAAUCCAAACGCCGUUCCUCCUUUCUCUCCAUCUCUUGAGCACACGAAGAAGAGGAGCGCUGUGUCUCUCUGAAACCCUAGAGGAACAACUGGAAGUAUGAUUUCAUUUUCACUGCAUCAGCUUGUCGAAUUCUAGAAGAGUGCAGGACUUUGGAUUCUGAACAUCACUGUUUAUUAGAAGUUUAUGAGUUCCUUAUUGGCUGCAAGGGUUUUUGCAUGUGUGAACAAGCAUGGGGUCUGCUUGUUGUGUCGCUGCGAAGGACAGAACUCCACCGAACAGGAUCGGCAGUGAAUAUUCGCAUAGAAACAUUAGAUAUUCUCCAUCUUGGAGCUUUCGAUGGGAAAGCCGAACACAUAAUCAAGAUGGCAUGGAUAAUCAUGCUCAGUUUUCUCGUGGGGACUCCCAUAGUGCUGGUUUAGAAAUAGAAGCUAUCUCAGAUGCAGGAAGUCCAGUGGGGGAUGGGCAAAUGCCCACAUGGCAAAAGUCAGUAUCUGAGGGCACUUCUAAGAACUUCAGAACUGGUGCUUCAGAUCCAUCCAUGGGAAGCAAUAACUCUAGUGAGGAAAAUUUUCUCACCAAGUCGAGAGCCGCUCCAAAUGCUUCAGGUUUGAAGCUUUCGGGCUCUGUACCUUCAACUUCCUCUUCAUCAAUGUUCAAAGCAGAGCCGUCAUCUUCCCGGAGCCAUUCACAUCCCACAGAUCAAACUCCUUCAAGGCGGGCCCGCCGUUCCCCAGGGUACCAACUCUCAAGGCAAGUUUCUGACAGCCGGAUCCCAUUGUUCAAGUCACAAAACGACAAUUCCAUAUCUGAAGGAAGAAAUUCCUUUGUGCUAUCUGCCUGCAGCAAUGACUUGACAUUAGGUUCCCACGAUGGCUCAUCUGAUGGUUGGUCCAUCAUGCACACGUUCUCUGAGCUUGUAGCUACUUCUCAAAGAGAACGGUGGUCUUUUGACAGUGAGAACAUGAGCUCUGGCCAUGGUAAAGUGAGCAGAUCGAACAGUCAGCCAUUAAGUUCUCCGUCGAUAGAUCUGCAAGCAUGUGGGAUAUGCUCAAAGCUCUUAACAGAGAGAUCUUCGUUUAGUAGCCAGAAAAUCGUAGCCAACAAUGAACUCUCAGUAGUUGCCGUUCUGGUUUGUGGGCAUGUGUACCAUGCAGAAUGUUUAGAUAACAUGACGCCUGAAACUGAUAAAUAUGACCCGUCUUGCCCACUAUGCAUGGUCGGAGAGAGAAUGGCCUCAAAGAUGUCCCGGAAAGCGUCGAGAGGGGAUGUGGAUUCAAAAGCGAGGAACAAAAUAUCCCGGAUUGGGGUUGCAGAUAUUGAUCCUGAAAGUGAAAAGAGCACCAGACAAGAGGGGAAGGGUCCGAAGAUGGGGGCCAGUUCCAGCAUGAAAAGCUCUUUUGGGAGGCCUUUUUUACGGCGGCACUUCUCUGUCGGAUCGAGAUCAACUCGAUCCCCAUUGGAGAAUGAACCUACAAGGAGGAAGGGAUUUUGGGCAAAAUACCGAUAGGAAUGAGCUUCUCUGCUGUGGUAAGAGGUGAGCAGCUCAACUGCUUCCAUUUCUUACAUGUUGCUUUAGGCUCUGUUUGGCUUGUGGCUGUUUCAGGAGCUGAGAAAAAUAAUUUUGUUUGGAAUUUUUUCUCUCAGGAGAUUUUUCAAGAGUCAUGAAAUAAUGGGAAGGAAACAGUUCAUACCACAUGAGCAUUGACUUUUGGAAAUCCUACUGAGAAUAGAAAUCCCAAAAAUUGCAAAUUGUUUUUCUUGUCGCCCAAGCCAAAUGCAGCCUGCCACUACUGUUACUGGAAAUUUCGAAAUUCCCUUUUCCUUUCUCCUUUACAGCUGCUGAUAAUAAUAAAUCUGUCAUUUCUUA